AGCUAUUUUAGCUACAUGAAUUCUUUACUUGAACGUUAUUUAAACGUCGUGAAUUGGAAUACAUUUUGUGGAUGACGCCAAUGGAAUGUAGGAAGUCUAGCUUGCUGUCCAGUUAUUUACAGUUCCCCGGUGGGCAGCGGUAUCCUGCUGUUACUGCUGCCACCAUGUCCGGCACGGCGACGGUGUUGCAGCAGUUCGUCAGUGGCCUCAAAAGCCGCAACGAGGAGACUCGGGCCAAAGCCGCCAAGGACCUCCAGCACUAUGUCACGACAGAACUGAGAGAGCUGAGCCAAGAAGAAGCAACCACUUUCUACGAUGAGCUGAACCAUCAUAUCUUUGAGCUGGUGUCCAGCUCUGACGUGAACGAGAAGAAAGGUGGAAUUCUUGCCAUUGUGAGCUUGAUAGGAGUGGAGGGAGGAAAUGCCACCAGAAUCAGCCGCUUCGCGAACUACCUGCGCAACCUGCUGCCCUCCAGCGACCCCGUAGUCAUGGAGAUGGCCUCCAAGGCCAUGGGCCACCUGUCCAUGGCGGGGGACACCUUCACCGCGGAGUAUGUGGAGUUCGAGGUGAAGAGGGCGCUGGAGUGGCUGGGGGCAGACAGGAACGAAGGCAGACGCCACGCAGCGGUGCUGGUGCUGCGGGAGCUGGCCGUCAGCGCACCCACCUUCUUCUUCCAGCAGGUGCAGCCCUUCUUCGACAACAUCUUCUACGCGGUGUGGGACUCGAAGCAGGCCAUCCGCGAGGGCGCCGUCUCCGCCCUCAGGGCCUCCCUGAUCCUCACCACGCAGAGGGAGACCAAGGAGAUGCAGAAACCGCAGUGGUACAAGCAAACCUUCGAGGAGGCGGAGAAGGGUUUUGACGAGAGUCUGUCCAAAGAAAAAGGGAUGAACCGUGACGACCGGGUCCACGGUGCCCUGCUGAUCCUGAACGAGCUGGUCCGGAUCAGCAGCAUGGAGGGGGAGCGCAUGCGCGAGGAGAUGGAGGAGAUCACCCAGCAGCAGCUGGUCCACGACAAGUACUGCAAGGAGCUGAUGGGCUUCGGGACCAAGCCCCGCCACAUCACGCCCUUCACCAGCUUCCAGUCUGUGCAGCCGCAGCAGUCCAACGCGCUGCUGGGGCUUCUGGGAUACAGCACGCCCCAGGGCUUCCUGAGCUUCGGCGCCACGCCCGUCCCCUCCAAGAGCACGCUGGUGGAGAGCCGGUACUGCCGCGAGCUGAUGGAGGAGCGCUUCGACCAGGUGUGUCGCUGGGUGCUGAAGUACCGGACCAGUAAGAACCCUCUGAUCCAGAUGACCAUCCUGAACCUGCUGCCCCGCCUGGCAGCCUUCCAACCGCACAACUUCACAGACCAGUACCUGUCGGACACCAUGAGCCACCUGCUGGGCUGCCUGAAGAAGGAGAAGGAGCGCACGGCGGCCUUCCAGGCGCUGGGGCUGCUGGUGGUGGCGGUGCGGGCCGAGAUCCAGCCCUACCUCACCAAGAUCCUGGAGAUCAUCAAAGCCGCCCUGCCCCCCAAGGACUUCGCGCACAAGAGACAGAAGACCAUGCAGGUGGAUGCCACCGUGUUCACCUGUAUCAGCAUGCUGUCCCGUGCCAUGGGGCCCAGCAUACACCAGGACAUCAAGGAGCUGCUGGAACCCAUGCUGGCUGUGGGACUCAGCCCUGCUCUGACGGCGGUGCUGUAUGACCUGAGCCGGCAGAUCCCCCAGCUGAAGAAGGACAUCCAGGACGGGCUGCUGAAGAUGCUGUCCCUGGUGCUCAUGCACAAGCCCCUGCGCCACCCGGGCAUGCCCAAGGGCCUGGCGCACCAGCUGGCAUCGCCCAGCCUCACCAACAUCCCCGAGGCCAGCGACGUGGGCAGCAUCACCCUCGCCCUGCGAACGCUGGGCAGCUUCGAGUUUGAAGGCCACUCCCUGACGCAGUUCGUGCGCCACUGCGCCGACCACUUCCUGAACAGCGAGCACAAGGAGAUCCGCAUGGAGGCGGCGCGCACCUGCUCCCGGCUGCUCACGCCCUCCAUCCACCUGAUCAGCGGCCACGGCCACGUGGUCAGCCAGACGGCCGUGCAGGUGGUGGCCGACGUGCUCAGCAAGCUGCUGGUGGUGGGCAUCACCGACCCAGACCCUGAUAUCCGGUACUGCGUGCUGGCCUCUCUGGACGAGCGCUUCGACGCCCACCUGGCGCAGGCGGAGAACCUGCAGGCGCUGUUCGUGGCCCUGAACGACGAGGUGUUUGAGAUCCGCGAGCUGGCCAUCUGCACCAUCGGACGCCUCAGCUCCAUGAACCCCGCCUUCGUCAUGCCCUUCCUGCGCAAGAUGCUCAUCCAGAUUCUGACGGAGCUGGAGCACAGCGGGGUGGGCAGGAAUAAGGAGCAGAGCGCCCGCAUGCUGGGGCACCUGGUGUCCAACGCCCCCCGCCUCAUACGGCCCUACAUGGAGCCCAUCCUGAAGGCCCUCAUCCUGAAGCUGAAGGAUCCGGACCCCAACCCCGGGGUGGUGAUCAGUGUCCUGGCCACCAUCGGGGAGCUGGCUCAGGUCAGUGGUCUGGAGAUGAGAAAGUGGAUGGACGAGCUCUUCCCCAUCAUCAUGGACAUGCUUCAGGACUCUUCCUCAUUGGCUAAGAGACAGGUGGCGCUGUGGACCCUGGGGCAGCAGGUGGCCAGCACGGGCUACGUCGUGGAGCCGUACCGCAAGUACCCCUCGCUGCUGGAGGUGCUGCUCAACUUCCUGAAGACGGAGCAGAACCAGGGAAUCAGGAGAGAGGCCAUUCGGGUGCUGGGCCUGCUGGGAGCUCUGGACCCCUACAAGCACAAGGUGAACAUCGGCAUGAUUGACCAAUCACGCGACGCCUCCGCUGUCAGCCUGUCAGAGUCCAAGUCCAGCCAGGACUCUGCGGACUACAGCACCAGCGAGAUGCUGGUGAACAUGGGCAACCUGCCGCUGGACGAGUUCUACCCGGCGGUGGCCAUCGUCACGCUGAUGCGCAUCCUGCGGGACCCCUCGCUCUCCAACCACCACACCAUGGUCGUGCAGGCCGUCACCUUCAUCUUCAAGUCCCUGGGGCUCAAGUGCGUGCAGUUCCUGCCGCAGGUCAUGCCCACCUUCCUCAACGUCAUCCGCGUCUGCGACGCCAACAUCCGAGAGUUUCUCUUUCAGCAGCUGGGGAUGCUGGUGUGCUUUGUGAAAAUCCACAUCCGGCCCUACAUGGACGACAUCUUCACCCUCAUCAGAGAGUACUGGACGCCCAACAACCCCAUGCAGAACACCAUCAUCCUGCUGAUCGAGCAGAUCGUGGUGGCGCUGGGCGGGGAGUUCAAGCUGUACCUGCCCCAGCUCAUCCCCCACAUGCUGCGCGUCUUCAUGCACGACAACAGCACCGGCCGCAGCGUCACCAUCAAGCUCCUCAAUGCGAUUCAGCUGUUUGGUGCGAACCUGGAUGAUUACCUCCACCUGCUGCUGCCCCCCAUAGUGAAGCUGUUUGAUGCUCCGGAUGUGCCUCUGCAGGCCCGCAAGGUUUCCUUGGAGACGCUGGACCGGCUGACGGAGUCGCUGGACUUCACGGACUACGCCUCGCGGAUCAUCCACCCGAUCGUGCGCACGCUGGACGGGACCCCCGAGCUGCGCACCACCUCCAUGGACACCCUGUCCUCUCUGGUCUUCCAGCUGGGGAAGAAGUACCAGAUCUUCAUCCCCAUGGUGAACAAAGUCAUGCUGAAGCACAGGGUGAACCACCAGCGCUACGACGUCCUCAUCUGCCGCAUCGUCAAGGGGUACACACUGGCAGAGGAGGAGGAGGACCCCCUGAUCUUCCAGCACCGGCACCUGCGCGGUAACCAGGGCGACGCGCUGGUCAGCGGGCCGGUGGAGUCCGGGCCCAUGAAGAAGCUGCACGUCAGCACCUCCGCCCUGCAGAAGGCCUGGGGGGCGGCCAGGAAGGUGUCGAAGGACGACUGGCUGGAGUGGCUGCGGCGGCUGAGCGUGGUGCUGCUGAAGGAGUCCUCUUCCCCCGCCCUGCGCUCCUGCUGGUCCCUCGCCCAGACCUACAUCCCAUUGGCCAGGGACCUGUUCAACGCGGCCUUCCUGUCGUGCUGGUCGGAGCUGAGCGAGGAUCAGCAGGACGAGCUGAUCCACAGCAUCGAGCUGGCGCUCACCUCGCAGGACAUCGCCGAGGUUACGCAGACGCUGCUCAACCUGGCCGAGUUCAUGGAGCACAGCGACAAGGGCCCGCUUCCUCUGCGGGACGACAACGGCAUCGUGUUGCUAGGGGAACGGGCGGCGAAGUGCCGCGCCUACGCCAAGGCCCUGCACUACAAGGAGCUGGAGUUCCAGAAGGGCCCGUCGCCCCUGAUCCUGGAGGCGCUCAUCAGCAUCAACAACAAGCUGCAGCAGCCGGAAGCAGCGGCGGGGGUCUUGGAGUACGCCAUGAAGCACUUUGGGGAGCUGGAGAUCCAGGCGACCUGGUACGAGAAGCUGCACGAGUGGGAGGACGCGCUGGUGGCCUACGACAAGAAGAUCGACAUGAACAAGGAGGACCCCGAGCUCAUCCUGGGCCGCAUGCGCUGCCUGGAGGCGCUGGGGGAGUGGGGCCAGUUGCACCAGCAGUGCUGUGAAGAGUGGACCCUGGUGAGCGAGGAGACCCAGGCCAAGAUGGCCCGCAUGGCUGCCGCUGCUGCGUGGGGCCUGGGACACUGGGACAGCAUGGAGGAGUACACCUGCAUGAUUCCCCGAGACACGCACGACGGGGCCUUCUACAGGGCGGUGCUGGCAUUGCACCAGGACCUCUUCUCAUUGGCCCAGCAGUGCAUCGAUAAGGCCAGAGACCUGCUGGACGCGGAGCUGACCGCCAUGGCGGGGGAGAGCUACAGCCGAGCCUAUGGGGCCAUGGUGUCGUGCCAGAUGCUGUCGGAGCUGGAGGAGGUGAUCCAGUACAAGCUGGUUCCUGAGAGGAGGGAGAUCAUCCGGGAGACCUGGUGGGAGAGGCUGCAGGGCUGCCAGCGCAUCGUGGAGGACUGGCAGCGGAUCCUGAUGGUGCGCUCGCUGGUCAUCAACCCCCACGAGGACAUGCGCACCUGGCUCAAGUACGCCAGCCUGUGCGGCAAGAGCGGCCGACUGGCCCUGGCCCACAAGACCCUGGUCCUGCUCCUGGGAGUGGACCCUUCCAAACAGCUGGACCACCCCCUGCCCACCGCCCACCCCCACGUCACCUACGCCUACAUGAAGUACAUGUGGAAGAGCACACGCAAGAUCGACGCGUUCCAGCACAUGCAGCACUUUGUGCAGGGCAUGCAGCAGCAGGCGCAGCACGCCAUCGCAGUCGAGGACCAGCAGCACAAACAGGAGCUGCACAAGCUUAUGGCCAGGUGUUUCCUCAAGCUGGGCGAGUGGCAGCUCAGCCUGCAGGGCAUCAACGAGAGCACCAUCCCCAAAGUGCUGCAGUACUACAGCCACUCCACCGAGCACGCCGCACUGGCAGUGAGCGCCAACCACUCCGCCCCCGCCACCUGUACAAGGUGUGUGUGUGUGUGUGUGGUUGUGUGUGUCGUUGCGUCGUGGCGUGGCGGGCAGGCCUGGCACGCCUGGGCGGUGAUGAACUUCGAGGCGGUGCUGCACUAUAAGCACCAGAACCAGGGCCGCGACGAGAAGAAGAAGCUGCGGCACGCCAGCGGCAACAGCGGCAACAGCGAGGCCAGCAAGAGCGACAGCGAGGCGGACAGCUCCGAGCACAGCCCCGUGCCCUCACCCGGCCAGAAGAAGGUCAACGAGGACCUUUCCAAAACGCUGCUGCUGUACACCGUCCCUGCAGUCCAGGGCUUUUUCCGAUCCAUCUCCCUCUCUCGCGGGAAUAACCUGCAGGACACCCUCAGGGUCCUUACCCUGUGGUUCGACUAUGGCCAUUGGCCCGAGGUCAACGAGGCCCUGGUGGAGGGCAUCAAAACCAUCCAGAUCGACACCUGGCUACAGGUGAUCCCUCAGCUGAUCGCCCGCAUCGACACGCCCCGGGCCCUGGUGGGCCGCCUCAUCCACCAGCUGCUGACGGACAUCGGGCGCUACCACCCGCAGGCGCUGAUCUACCCGCUUACCGUGGCCUCCAAGUCCACUACCACCGCCCGCCACAACGCCGCCAACAAGAUCCUGAAGAACAUGUGCGAGCACUGCAACACGCUGGUCCAGCAAGCCAUCAUGGUGAGCGAGGAGCUGAUCCGGGUGGCCAUCCUGUGGCACGAGAUGUGGCACGAGGGCCUGGAGGAGGCGUCCCGCCUGUACUUCGGCGACCGCAACGUGAAGGGCAUGUUCGCCGUGCUGGAGCCCCUGCACGCCAUGAUGGAGAGGGGGCCCCAGACCCUCAAGGAGACCUCCUUCAACCAGGCAUACGGGCGGGACCUGAUGGAGGCACAGGACUGGUGCAGGAAGUACAUGCGGUCGGGGAACGUGAAGGACCUGACGCAGGCCUGGGACCUGUACUACCACGUCUUCCGCCGGAUCUCCAAGCAGCUGCCCCAGCUCACCUCCCUGGAGCUGCAGUACGUCUCCCCCAAACUGCUGAUGUGCCGGGACCUGGAGCUGGCCGUCCCCGGGACCUACGACCCCAACCAGCCCAUCAUCCGCAUCCAGUCCAUCGCCCCGUCCCUGCAGGUCAUCACCUCCAAGCAGAGGCCCCGCAAGCUCACCAUCAUGGGCAGCAACGGGCACGAGUUCAUGUUCCUGCUGAAGGGGCACGAGGACCUGCGGCAGGACGAGAGGGUCAUGCAGCUCUUCGGAUUGGUCAACACGCUGCUGGCCAAUGACCCCGCCUCCCUGCGCAAGAACCUCAGCAUCCAGCGCUACGCGGUGAUUCCGCUCUCUACAAACUCCGGUCUGAUUGGCUGGGUGCCGCACUGCGACACGCUCCACGCCCUGAUCAGGGACUACAGGGAGAAGAAGAAGAUCCUUCUGAAUAUCGAACACCGCAUCAUGCUGAGGAUGGCGCCGGACUACGACCACCUGACGCUGAUGGAGAAGGUGGAGGUGUUCGAGCACGCGGUCAACAACACGGCCGGAGACGACCUGGCCAAGCUGCUCUGGCUGAAGAGCCCCAGCUCGGAGGUGUGGUUCGACCGGCGGACGAAUUACACACGCUCCCUGGCUGUGAUGUCAAUGGUGGGCUACAUCCUGGGUCUGGGAGACAGACACCCCUCCAACCUGAUGUUGGACCGACUGAGCGGGAAGAUCCUACACAUCGACUUCGGCGAUUGUUUUGAAGUUGCCAUGACGAGAGAGAAAUUCCCAGAGAAGAUUCCUUUCAGGCUGACCAGAAUGCUCACUAAUGCCAUGGAGGUGACCGGGCUGGACGGGAACUACAGGAUCACGUGUCACACGGUCAUGGAGGUCCUGAGGGAGCACAGGGACAGCGUCAUGGCCGUGCUGGAGGCCUUCGUCUACGACCCGCUGCUCAACUGGAGGCUGAUGGACACCAAUCCUAAAGGGACCAAGCGCUCCAGGACCAGGACGGACUCCUACACCGCGGGACAGUCAGUCGAGGCCCUGGAGGGAAUAGAUCUUGGGGAAACCACGCACAAGAAACCAGGAACCACGGUGCCUGAAUCCAUUCAUUCCUUCAUCGGAGACGGCCUUGUGCAGCCAGAAGCCUUGAACAAAAAAGCCAUCCAGAUCAUCAACCGAGUGCGCGACAAGCUGACCGGGCGUGACUUCUCCCACGACGAAACCCUGGACGUCCCGACCCAGGUGGAGCUGCUCAUCAAGCAGGCCACGUCACAUGAGAACCUGUGCCAAUGCUACAUCGGAUGGUGUCCAUUUUGGUAGAGAAGGCCAUUGAUUCUCCACGUGCUUUUAGUGUCAUUUCCGUUUCCUAACACUUUCUAUGGAAGCCAUGUUUGUUACCAUACUCUGCCACAGACCAGGUCACAUUAGUGUGGCUUUUGAAAUGUACCUUGACUUUCAUUUGCCAAUAAUGACUAAGUCUAAAUUUAAGUAGGAGUUAUGUAAUAUCAAUGAGAGAUAUUUAACAUAUUGAUUUGGGGCAAUGUGUGCGAAGAUUUCUUUGGCAAUAAAUAGAAAAAAGGCAAUCAUUGUUUUGUGUGUUUAAUAAAAAUGUGUAAAAAAUAAAAUAAAUUCAAAUAAAUUAAA